AGUCCUGUACCAGCUCUCGGCAGUCUUUUUCUAUAUUCCUGAUAACCAUUCAAGUACUCGACAUCGGCAAACAGUCCUUUUGAGGGUGCACUCUCACCCAGACAAACGAAAAAUGUCGUCGCCUUUGAAGAAACACCCAGACGCUGUCGCUGAUAAAGUGCUCAAGCGAGUAGAAGUUAGCAAGAUCGCUCGCAAACUCCAAGGUCGUUUGGCACUGGCACAGUUCAAGACAAAGCAUGGUUGGGAGGACUUAACCCUCGACAUUAUAGAGCCCAAGGUCGAAGAAGAGCGUCGUCGGCGCAUUUGCGAUGGCGAUGUUCUCUCUGACUCCUCUUCGAGCACAUCCGAGCUCCCCUAUCCCACGAGAACAUUAAUGAGCUCACCACUCAAGGCUCCUUUAUUCUCCGACGCAAUCACCUCGAGCAGUGGUAGCUCGGGGCAUCGCAAACGUACAUAUACAGCAACAUUUGACAUGACUAUGUCCAGCCCUACCAAACGAUUCCGAUCCUCUCCCACUCUACACAAGUCCUUCAACAACCCCAGCCACCACCACUCAUGGAGAAAACAACACCAGCUAAUACAGUCUUCGCCUAUCAAGCCGCGAAGACAACAUUUCACUACCUCCACUGGUCCAGACGUAUCCUUUUUUCAGGGCACUCGCCGGCCCUCGGUAGACUUGACGUCGCCUACGUUUGCCACUUCGGUAGGCGACGAAGACGACUUAUUACCUGUGCAUUCCUUCCAGGUCGGCCAGUCGUCUCCUCCUAGGACACCCCCUAUGCGCAGCCGCAGCGCCAACGUCCGUCGAGGCCGAGAUGCAAGAGGGCCAUCGAAUGAAAAGUCGGGUGAAGAGGGGGCCGACUUGCUGAUGUAUCUAGCCACGUCGCCCUCACCGGCUAUGUCUGGAUCUAGAACCCGUAUGGAACCCCCAUCCACGCCGCCACCACGGAAAGAUAUGGCCCUGCCGUCGUCCAUGAUGACCACACCGGGCGGUGGAAACCUAUUUCCCAGCACGCCAGGGCAGCCGUUCGAUUUCUCCGACUUUGUCAAUAUCACGCCCAGCCCGGCGCAGAAGCCUUGGAAGACACCACUGGCCUUCUCCACAGUUAAGACACCCACGGCAAAGACGCCGCUCGGUUUAGCCCGGCGACGACUUACAUUUGACGAGCCCGCAUUAUAAUGCAUGCUCGUGUUAUGAUUACGACCGACUACCUGCGAGAAUAAUUUUGA